UAAGAUAAGGAAGGCGGGAAAGGGUGGCCGUAUAUGCAAUGAAUGUGCAAGUUGCAUGCUGUCGACUAUGGAUACAAUGAGCAAUAGAGGCUUAUAGGCAUGCCAAUUGAGCAGGUACAGGCAUCGCAUAAGACAAGUAUGGGUUUCUGCCGUACCUAAGAAUCAAGGAGCGUUUACCCUCGACCCAGUACACAACAUCAUAAAAAAAAAAAAAAAUUUCCAUCGUCCCUCAUAUCAGAUCAACCCAUCUAAAACUCUCCAAAAUGAGCGGCACCAACAUUGAAACGCUCGACGCCCGCAUGGCUGGACUCCUCGAAGCCCUCGAUUCCCACCCUAUGGAAGCCACCAGCCCGCCCAAUCCAGCAGGCGUCUACAUCCUCGACUUCAUCCGCACCAGUCACAAAAAGCUGAAGAGCCUCGACGCCUAUAAACUUCAGUCGGGAGACCAGAACGCUCAUGCAGAGCUGCAGGAUAUCCAGGGCCACAACGUUCUCGCUGGACAACUCAUCAAUGGUGGCGGCCCUAUGGCGCAGAGAAUGGCUAUGAUGGGAGGCCCGGUGGACUUUGUUCGGAGAUUAGGCAAAAGGCUGAGACAGUCAGUUCUGUCUAGUUUAUCUUCCAGAUAGGCUUCUAUGGUAGGAUAUGGCAUUGUAGGCUUUUAUAGGAGUUGUGGAUGAAUAUACCGUGUAGUCAUGCCGGUAAUAUUUGAGAAUUCAGUUUCUGCCAACGAACCAUCUAUUAUCGAUCAGAAUGGCACAAGGCACCCGAAAGUUAUGAAACAGGUGGUACGGUCCGGGCGGAGGAUUGUAGCUUGAAUAGUCAUGCCUCAUGGAUUCCUCAAAUACUACUAGGAACCUCAUCUAGAAGCUCUUCCUUUGAUAUGGGAUGGCUUGUCUUAAACUCCCUAGACCUUAUAUAUUGUCCUGAGUGAGGUCAG